AAAUAGCGAAUUAGUCACACAGAAUCGGUAUUGCUUGCUGUUCUAAUUAACUUUGUAACCUCAAAAUCAGGGCUACUGCAUCAACUACCCCACCGUCAGUUCCAGCAAUGCCGUCUCACAUGAAAGCCUGGGCCUAUACAGAACAUGGGAAGAUAACAACAGUUCUGAAGUUAAAUCCAAAUUUUCCUGUUCCUGAACCCAAGUCGAACCAGGUACUAAUAAAGGUUGUUGCUGCAGCCAUUAAUCCCGUAGAUUAUGCUAAGAUUGAGGGACGUAAGGUGUAUGAGGAUGCUGGACAUGUUCCAUUUCCGAUUGUUCCUGGCUAUGAUGUUGCCGGUGUGGUGGUGAAAGUAGGAAGUGGAGUGAAGAAGUUGAAAGAAGGGGAUGAAGUGUAUGGUAUGGUGGAGGCAAAAGAUGUUGGGUCUUUGGCUGAAUACACAACUGCACAAGAGAAUGGUUUGGAUCACAAGCCUCCAAAUUUGGGCUUUGCUGAAGCUGCUGCCAUUCCUUUAGCAAUUCAAACUGCUUAUGGAGCUCUUCACAAGGUUGGCCUUUCUCCCGGCCAAUCUAUUCUUGUUUUGGGAGCUUCUGGCGGCGUUGGAACCUUCGUUGUUCAGGUUGCGAAACAUGUUUUUGGUGCUUCCGUGGUAGCAGCUACAGCUAGCACUGGAAAACUGGAAUUGCUGAAGAAGUUAGGAGUUGACAUGCCAAUUGAUUAUACAAAACAGAACUUUGAAGAUCUUCCUGGAAAGUUCGAUGUAGUCUAUGAUGCCGUAGGUGAGGUUAAGUGA